GGGGGGAAGGGCAGUGCCUCUCUCUGCAACUCCGGCGCCAGUGUUAUUUUUUUAUGGGAUCAGACUUCAAAGUUUGAUACAUUGCGCUCGCUAAGAAAGAAUAAGAUACCGUGCGUUCAUAUAGUAAAGUUUGUUAUACUUGGGUACUCGUUCGCCGUUUUUCCUACACGAUCUGACUACACAAUUUAUAGUCAUUUUUGACCGAAAGCCGCGAAGGAUGUGGAAAGGAGGCGUUUCUUCCACCGACAGUGUUCCCUAGUUGGGAAAGCGUCGAGACGCAAUGCUAAAGGACCCUGCCCGUGAACUGCACUAAAACGACUCCAGAAGAGGGCAACUGCAUUACGUUCCUCUAGCGGACUGGAGGGCUGAUCAUCCAAGUACACUUUUAUUCCCCUUCUCCCGUUGAACGACCGGGCACUUCGGCCUUCUGUAUCCCGGUGCCUCAGCCUGCUUCUUUUUUUUAAAAGUUGGAACAGACCGACGCCACCGACACGCCACCAUGCAGACCUCCUCGCUCCGCCGGCAGGUGAAGAACAUGGUCAACAACUACUCGGAGGCCGAGAUCAAGGUACGAGAGGCCACUUCCAACGACCCCUGGGGACCGCCCAGCUCGCUCAUGUCCGAGAUCGCCGACCUCACCUUCAACGUGGUCGCCUUCACCGAGGUCAUGGGCAUGAUAUGGAAGCGGCUCAACGACCACGGGAAGAACUGGCGCCACGUCUACAAAGCCCUCACGCUGCUGGACUACCUGAUCAAGACGGGCUCGGAGCGCGUGGCCCAGCAGUGCCGCGAGAACAUUUUCACCGUCCAGACCCUGCGGGACUUCCAGUUCACGGACAGGGACGGCCGUGACCAAGGCGUCAACGUGCGGGAGAAGGCCAAGCAGCUGGUGACCCUCAUCAGGGACGAGGAGAAGCUCAAGCAGGAGAGGAGCCAGGCCCUCAAGACCAAGGAGAGGAUGGCCAAGGGCGCGGCCGCCCUGGGCUCCUCCUCCAUGCCGCCGCCGUACCCCGGCCGACGCACCAGCCAUCCCGGCAUGGGAGCGGGGCACGCGGAGGAGUUCAGCCGGUCUAGAGGUUCCCCGUCCUCCUUCCACUCCUCCUCUUCCUCGCCCCGCCUGACCACAGACAUGGAGCAGGCCCGGCCACAGACCAGCGGGGAGGAGGAGCUCCAGCUGCAGCUGGCCCUGGCCAUGAGCCGCGAGGAAAGCGAGAAGCCCCCCCCUCCAGUGGAUAUCGACGAGCAGACGCAGCUACAGAUCGCUAUGAGCCUCAGCAAGGAGGAGGCCAAGAAGUCAAUUGACUUGACUGAUGGCAAUCCUCUUCCGCGCCGAUCAAUACCCUCCACACAGCCGGCCCCCCGGCCCCCUGCUGGGGAUAUGGACGAUGACACACAGCUCCAGAUCGCCCUGAACCUGAGCAAGGAGGUGCACCAGCAGGAGAAGCGCAGUCGCCAGGGAGACGAGUCAUUGCUCCAGAAAGCUCUCGAGGAGAGCAAGCGGGAAAUGGAAUCCAAAGGCGGGACUGCCUUCAUGGAUCUUGUGGAUGUUUUCGCCGUGCCGCCAGAUGUGUCCCAUAGCACCAAUCCCUGGGGGGACGUUCAGCCCCAGGGGGCCGCCCGCCUGACCGGUAGAGACCCCUGGGACUCACUGGAAGACAGCGCAAGGGUAGAGGCCCCCUGGCUGGCACCCCCUGCCUCCAGCAGCCCCGCCCCGCCCUGGGAACGAAGCCAGUCCCCUGCCGACCACUGGGAUAGCCCAAGGAACGCCUCCAACCUAAAUACCCCGGGCCAAGCAUGGACCUCCCCAGCUCACACAGCAGAGAGAACAGCAGAUCCUGCUAUAGCCAAGGCCCCUUCUCCCCGAGCCUGGAGCCCUUCAGUAGAUGGCGAUCUGUUCGAUGAGGCCAUGGACGGAGGCCAGAUGAACAUGAACGGACGAGGGGGGGGCAGUCCCGAGCUGUUUGACCUGUCCCGCCUGGAGGAGAGCCUGGCGGCUCCGAGUCCUAGAAACUGUCGAACCCCCGAGGCUUUCCUGGGUCCCACUGCAGCCUCCUUGGUCAACCUGGACGCCCUCAUCCCUGCCAACCCCCCGGCCAAAGCCAUGAACCCCUUUCUAUCCAGUGUGAGUUCCCCUUCACCCAACAAUCCCUUCCAAGCGGAACAGCCCAAACUAACUCUGAACCAAAUGGGUUCGAGUUCCAACUCUCCCGUGCCCUUCGCCAGCUCACUCCCCUACAGCGCCUCUUUGCCCCUGCCUGCGAGCCACCAGGCGGCCAGCCUCCCCACCUCUCUAACCCAUCCCAGCCAGGCUGGGGCCCUGGAUAUUGCAGGGGCCCUCCCCCAGCCCCUGCUGCCCCUCUUAUCCGCCAGCGUUCUGGGGUCACAGUCAGAGCAGCACAGUCAAAACCCUUUUCUAUGAGGACCAACCGACCGACCGUCACCACAACAACAAGUCCUAAAAGAAGGAUAACGUUUUUGAUCUCGGAAAAAACACCGACUCUGAAUGCCCAAAGGCUGUGCUGGGUUUCCCAGCUCUCAAAAAGGAAAAUAGUUACCCUUGUGAACCCUUUUGUUUCCUCUUUGCCAAUAUCUUCAGUAUAAUAAUAUAACUCUUAAGUCCCUUGCCUUUUAGUAUAAUCUAUUUGGUUAAGGUUGUUUCUUCUCUUGAUAAACCAAGGGGAGAUUACUCUUGACUGACAGAUAAAUCAGUGUUUUAAAAAAAAUCAUAUUAGAACAUGAAUACUAAUACUAAUGUACAUUAUGUAUAUUACGUAGAAACCUACACUGAAUCACAACUUUGUGAAAUGUUGGUGGAACUUGGCAAUUGACAUACGAGCUCAGUUCACUGUAUUGUAUGAUGGUUGCAGUACUAUCCAGCACUGUUCAUCUGCCAGAUAUGCCUGCUUUGAUUUCAUUGUGCAUCAUUUGAAUUGAAAACAAAGGAGAGCUGCUUUAACGUUUCUUGAGCCUUGGUCAGGGAAGAUAUUAGAAGAUGGGUGAAUGUUACAGCACCUGCCAUCGCAACCAGCUAGUAACACACAGUUUGUCGUUUAUGUACUUUAAUUUCAACAUUAACUUCGAUGGAGCUGGUGUUGGUCAAGAUGCUUUUGGUAAAUCUUAAUACGAGAGUGAGUUACCAUGGAUUCACACAAUGGGAUGGAAUUUGGGAAAGGACCGUUUUAAUGUGAUGACUCACUGUUCAUUCCUUGACAACAAUUGAUAUCAAAUAUAAGGGUAUGAUUACCACCUUGUAAUUAGUCGUUGUUUUAUUUUGCUGCUUCUUAUUUGUUCAUCAUGUUUGCUUCAUUUUGCACUCAGCGCCAUGUUUUGGUUGUGCCAAGUACAUUACGCCCCCUGGUGGAGACAGCUUCAGCGACUUUAUCAGUCCCCUUCAACACAUUUUAUUGAAACGUUGAUUUCACAGUCAUCAGUUUUGCUAAACUUUAGUUUAGAUAUAGGAAUCAGCUAGGUACUUUAUAGAUAAUAGAAUAUUAAUUAUUAUUUUACACUAGUACACAUUAUUGUUUUUGGUAUGCAUUAGGCUGAGGGGUAGCAUUCAUAUCAACAAAACCGACAAAAUGGACAAAAUUAUAUACGAAAAAUGAAUGUAAUAAACUAGUAACAAUCAUACAGAAAGGAGCUUAUCGUAUUCAAUUGCGUAACCUUAACUCGAUUCUUAACUCCACCUCCCUUUACUACCAUUAUUAAUAAAUCCCAUGUCGGCAAAUGUAUUAUAUUGUUCAAAUGUGUUAUAUAUCUUAGGCAGUAAAGCUCAAAAUACAGCUCAGCAUCGAUAGCUCAGUUAUUUAUAACAAAGAACAAUGUAAAGUAUUAUACACAUUAAACAACAGUUAUGAUUUAAAGACUACUUAAGUUAUCUUUGAACAGAUAAAGAGCUGUUUAACAAUAUGAAAAAAUAAAUAAUCUAAUCAUUUGUUUCUGAUACACAAAAAAAUGGUAUGUAUGUAUGAAUGAAUGCUUAAUACAGAAAAGAGUAUCAUCAUAUUGUUCAUUUUCUGUUUCACAAUUGAUCAUUUCUGCACAGCCUCCCAUUUGAACAAAAACAAUAUGUGAGGAAUAAUCUCAUUUUUAUCUGUCAUUUCUUGUGUGUCAAUGUGCGAAAUUAUUCUUUGUGGGGGUGUUGAUCAAUUCCUCUGGAAGAACGAGCACCAGUUACAUCACUUCCUGUCUCCAUAAAAGGUGUUUGUCAAUUAUGAUGGAUUUAAAUAAUGCCUGAUGAGGUCAUUUUGAUGUGUUUGAGUCCAGCCAGCUGAGCACCUCUUUCAGUCCUUGGCCAGAGCGGGCGCUGACUUCCAGUGUCGUUACGGGCUGAGGGGCAGAUGCAAUGAUGUCAUCCAUUCUGAACAGUGACUUCAUU